AUGAACCUCAAUGAUGGCGACCAAGAGUGUCAUUUGCAAGAAAAACAGCAUUUACACGACGUUCUUACCUUCAGAAGCUCCUCCUGCGGCAUUUUUAGUUACCUCUCCAACCCCUACAAGUGGCCCUACCGCUACAUGAUCCUAUUCCUCAUCUGUUUUAUACGCUUUGGCUGUAACUACCUGUACGAUAUUCCUGGGAGCCUCGAGGGAGUCAUCAUUGAAGUAAUGAACCUGGAUACUACCAGUUACAACCUCAUAUACUCCGUCUACUCUUGGUCUGUAGUUGUAGCCGCUUGUGUUGGCGGGUUUAUCGUGGAUAAAUUCCUUGGCCUAAGACUAGGCCUCCUUAUAUUUAUUGUAGCCACAAACGUUGGUCAAGGGAUAAUAGUCCUUGGACUCACGACCAAUACCUAUUGGUUGUUGCUACUCGGUCGUCUCUUUAUGGGCCUAGGUGGAGAGGUUACUCUGUUUGUCUGUGAUGCUCUCACUUCCCUUUGGUUUGGAGGUGGACGUGAGCUCAGCUUUGUGUUUGCUAUCAUUGCCAUGUCUAAUCGUUUGGGCGGUGCUUCUUCCCUGUAUGCCAAUGAGCCACUGUACAAUUCCCUUAGAUCAGUUGGUGACAAUACUCAUCGUCUUGGCUAUGUCUUCCUAAUUGAUAUGUCUCUCUCUCUUCUUGGUAUAAUCUUUGGCGGUGUUAUCUUCCUAAUGGACAAGAGAGCAGAGAGAUGCAUCAUUGAAAGACAACUAACAAACAAAAAGAAGAGAUCCUUUUCCUUGAAAGACUUGAAAUCCUUCCAUCUCAACUACUGGCUAAUUGCAUUCACUUGUGCAUUUUAUUAUUCUGCCUACUAUCCACUUGUUACUAUCGGGCAGCUCUUUUAUAGUAACAAGUUUGGUUUGAGCACUAACGAGGCAAACAUUGCCAACAUGCUGAUUUACUUGGUUACCAUUAUUGGCCCUUUGAUAGGAUUAGUCGUUGGUUUUGUCGGUUUUCCUUUGCUCUGGGGUCUUGUUGGCAACACGCUAGCUAUAACAAUGCAUGGGAUUUUAGCUCUUUCUGGCGGUUAUUCUUACUUUCCAUUCCUCAUUUCCCCUUUUCUUGCCAUAGCAUAUGUCUUGUUCCACACAACCGUGUAUCCCUCAGUUUCUUUAGUUGUAGAUCAUGACAAAUUGGCAACUGCCUUUGGUCUAAUGAUUUCAUUGUUAAACUUGGGAUACUCCAUUGUCGAUAUCAUAAUUGCAUACAUCAUUGACAACAGAGGUUAUUUUCUGAUGGAAGCCUUCUUUAUUGCUUCCCAAGGAGUAGGCAUAUGUCUUUUGGUGAUACUAAUAAUUCGCGUGGCACUCAGUGGAAAGAGCAAAUUAUUAAUGUCUGGCUGUGAAGCAAGGCAUUUAGAAAAGGAGGCAAAAGAAAUGUAG